GAAAAGGAUGCAUUGCAUGGGAGCCGGAAGUGAAGGGUGGGUGGUUCCAACUUACAACCAACUAAAAUAGGAGAGCUCUUAAUAACAAAACCAUGGGCAAAACCGUCAUUCCUCCACACCCAACCAUAGCGAAGAAAGCCGCAGAGAGUGAAGGCGUGAAAGAUUGAAUCAGCAGAAAUGGAGGCCCAGAGCCCUCUUCUCAAAUAUUCAAUGAAGAAUUAAAAGCCGUUGAAUGCUUCCAACUGUGCGCACACCCAUGUUCGGUGCGAACAUUAACUCCGCUGCCACCCACCUCCUUCUUUGAGUUUUUUAUAAAGCCCCCUCUGGCGCCUCCUCUGAUCGUAUUCGAUCUUCGUCAUUAAUAAUUAACUGUCAUCAGCUGGCUAGAGGUUGAGCUCGACCAUCCAUCCAUGGCGGGCGGCGAGCAGGAUCUGCUGUCGACGGAGAUCGUGAACAGGGGGAUAGAGUCCACGGGGCCGAAUGCGGGGAGCCGGACUUUCUCCGUGCGGGUGCGGCGGCGGCUGCCGGACUUCGUGCAGUCGGUGAACCUCAAGUACGUCAAGCUGGGGUACCACUACCUCAUCAAUCACGGCAUUUACCUGGCCACCAUCCCUGUUCUCCUGGCGGUGUUCGGCGCCGAGGUCGGCUCCCUCAGCCGCGAGGAGCUCUGGAAGAAGCUCUGGGACGACGCCCGCUACGACCUCGCCACCGUCCUCGCCUUCUUCGGCGUAUUCGUCUUCACCCUCUCAGUCUACUUCAUGUCCCGCCCUCGUUCAAUCUACCUCAUCGACUUCUCCUGCUUCCGUCCCCACGACGACCUCAAGGUUUCGAAGGCGCAGUUCAUAGAGCAAGCAAGAAAAUCGGGGAAAUUCGACGAAGAAAGCCUGCAAUUCCAGAAGAGGAUACUGGAGUCGUCGGGGAUCGGCGACGAGUCCUACAUUCCGAAAUCGUUGAUGUCGCCGGAGAACUGCUCCACGAUGAAGGAGGGGCGGGCGGAGGCGGCGACGGUGAUGUUCGGAGCAUUGGACGAGCUGUUCGAGAAGACGAAGGUGCGGCCGAAGGACGUGGGGGUGCUGGUGGUGAACUGCAGCAUCUUCAACCCGACGCCGUCUCUGUCCGCCAUGAUCAUCAACCACUACAAGAUGAGGGGAAACAUUCUGAGCUUCAACCUUGGGGGGAUGGGGUGCAGCGCCGGAAUAAUCGCCGUCGACCUCGCCCGCGACAUGCUUCAGGCGAACCCCAACAACUACGCCCUGGUGGUGAGCACGGAGAUGGUGGCGUACAACUGGUACCCCGGCCGCGAACGCUCCAUGCUCAUCCCCAACUGCUUCUUCCGCAUGGGCUGCUCCGCCCUCCUCCUCUCCAACCGCCGCCGCGACUACCGCCGCGCCAAGUACCGCCUCGAGCACAUCGUCCGCACCCACAAGGGCGCCGACGACCGCAGCUUCAGGAGCGUUUAUCAGGAGGAAGACGGCGAGCGGCUGAAGGGUCUGAAAGUGAGCAGAGAUCUAAUGGAAAUAGGCGGCGAUGCUCUCAAAACCAACAUCACCACUCUCGGUCCCCUCGUCCUCCCCUUUUCCGAGCAGCUCCUCUUCUUCGUCACCCUUGUCUGGCGCCACCUCUUUGGUGGCGGCGGCGGCGGCGGAGGCGGAAGCACUACCUCCUCCUCCUUCCCCGGCCAGUUCCUGACGACGACGAAGCCCUACAUACCGGACUACAAGCUGGCGUUCGAGCACUUCUGCGUGCACGCGGCGAGCAAGACGGUGCUGGAUGAGCUGCAGAGGAACCUGGAGCUGAGCGAAGGGAACAUGGAGGCGUCGCGGGUGACGCUGCACCGCUUCGGCAACACCUCCAGCAGCAGCAUCUGGUACGAGCUGGCCUACCUAGAGGCCAAGGAGCGAGUGCGCCGCGGAGACCGCGUUUGGCAGUUGGCGUUUGGCUCCGGCUUUAAGUGCAACAGCCUCGUUUGGCGUUCCAUGCGCCGCAUACGGCGACCGGCGUCCAGGAAUCCGUGGCUGGACUGCAUCGACAGAUACCCACCAGUUAAUUAAAUUAAUUAAUCCAUGGCUACAGGAUUAUUAUAUUACGAACAAGUUGAAUAAUUAGUUUUACGAACAAUUAAUUAUCGAUGUUAUUAUCGUGUUAUCUAGAGAUGGAUGGAGGUAGGUCGCUGCUGGCAGUUACAGACGUGAAGAGAAUCUACCUAUAGGGAUAUAGUAACUACGUAAUUCGAUUUAUCAUUUAUCUGCAAAGUGAUGGACAUGCAUGCAUGCCACGCAAAUGUACAAUAUAUUGAUUGCAUGUGUUACCUCACGGCUUACACCGCUAAAACUCCAAUUAAUGAUAAUGGUAUAUUUGCUUCUUAAUUAA